AUAACUUUCCUCCUCCUCUACUGGAAAUCUAUAAAAAGUCAAAAAACGCUUUUUUUCCCUUCAUCAAUCGGAGCUUGAGCUUUCACCCACCUUCAGUAGAAGAUCAGUUCUGCUCUACAACCAUUCUGGUGCUCUUAUAUUCAUCUUCUCCGGUUAUCUUCUUGAAGGCGUUGGCUAUUUAGCGUCGGCGUUGCAAUUAGGUGGUUUUGGGUGAUCAGAAGAGAUAUAUAGUUUGUGCUCGAGAUUUGAAAUGGGUAAAUUCGUGGGGGUUUUGUUCUUGUUUUUGAGUUUGGUGGCUUCGUCUUACGCUCAGAGUUGUUCGAAUUUCGCUUUCUCCGGGAACAGAGUAUUUGCUACCUGCAAUAAUCUGCCGGUGCUUAAUUCGGUUCUCCACUGGACCUACCACCAGGCUAACCACACCGCCGAUAUCGCCUACCGUCACGCCGCGGUCACCGCCUCCAACUGGGUGGCGUGGGGGCUGAACGUCGGCGGAUCCGGGAUGCGAGGAACGCAGUGUUUGGUGGCGUUUCAAAACUCUAGUGGGAGUAUUCAUGCCUACACUUCCCCUAUCCCUACCUCCAGCUACGCAACUCAACUCGCAGAGGGCUCUCUCAGCUUCGGCGUGUCGAAGAUCUCGGCGGAGUUAACCGGCGGCGAGAUCAUCAUUUUCGCUACUCUCGCGCUCCCCGCCGGUCGGACUAACUUCAACCAGGCCUGGCAGGACGGCUCCCUCUCCGGCACCACCCCUCAAGCCCACGCUCAGACCGGAAACAACAUGAGGUCCACCGGAACUGUGGAUUUCGCCACUGGCCAGACUUCCGCCGGCGGCGGAAGCGAUUCGUUCGAAUCUGUGCUGCGCAGGAGACACGUUCACGGAGUGCUAAACGCCGUUAGUUGGGGAAUAUUGAUGCCUAUGGGCGCCGUUAUAGCUAGGUAUUUGAAAGUGUUCAAAUCUGCCGACCCCGCCUGGUUCUAUCUCCAUGUUGCUUGCCAAACCACCGCUUAUGCCGUCGGCGUCGCCGGAUGGGGCACCGGCCUCAAGCUCGGCAGCGAUUCCAAGGACGUUACCCAAGACACUCACCGGAACAUCGGCAUCACUCUCUUCGCCCUCGGCACUCUCCAGGUUUUUGCGUUGCUUCUGAGGCCGAAGCCAGACCACAAGUUGAGAUUCUACUGGAACAUCUACCACCACGCCGUCGGGUACACGGUGAUCAUCCUCAGCGUCAUCAACGUGUACGAGGGAUUCGAUGUGUUGAACGGGCAGAAGAACUGGAAGAAAGCCUACACCGGCGUGAUCAUCUUCUUGGGCGCCGUCGCCGCCCUCUUGGAAGCCUUUACGUGGUUCAUUGUCCUCAAGCGCCGGAGCGCCAACAAGCAACACCCGGCUCCGCACCACGCCGCCAACGGCAACGGCUACAGCGUCUAGAUAUACAUACACUUCUGUGACGGCCGGUCGCCAUAGAUGAUGAUGAUGAUGUUAGCUUUCAUUUUUCACUGUGUUUUUUGUAUACAUUUCAUUUUUGGAGAUUAUCAUUAUUCUUAGCUUGAGAUGUUAGGAUUUUUUCUUUUUGUAUGAUUUCUUUUGAGUUCGAUUAUAUUAUUGAUGCUUGUGUAAUAAGUUCCUUUUUCUUUUUUAUAUAUACACAUUAGAACUUUUUAUAGGUUUGUGAUUA